AUGAAAACCACCAUCCCCGCUGCAUUCGCUGCUCUGGCAUCGCUGGUCGUGGCCACCCCCACUCCAGCAGCCCCCCUGGUUGCGCGGGCCUGCACCACCAUUGCGCCCACCAUCAUCGAUGUCCUGGAUAGCUCGACCCCAAACACAGCAAGGCCUGGAGAGGACUUGUCCCUGGCUCGCAGCGCGAGCGCCAACACUCGAGUAUCUGCAUUCACCUUCAACAACAUCCCCGCGGGUGCCACGGGCUGCAUGCUCGAGAUCGACAUCCCAGUCCUGACGGAGAAUAACGAGAUUGCCGAGGGAAGCUCCCAGGCCGACAUCUGGACCACCAGUCCCUGGGACUCCAGCUCCCUUCCCACCUGGAACAACCAGCCGACUCUCCAGGCCAUGGUCAGCACCUUUAUCUUCCCCACAGGCCAAACCUCGAGCCCCUUCCAUACGGUCUUAGCGUCUAACUCUUGCUCGUCCACGAUGAGCUUCCUGGCACGGCUGUCAACAUGGCAGACCACUGAGGGACACGUCGACUUCCAGAAUUCCAUCGGGGGGAGCCAGCCUAUUGGUUGGAGUUUGGUCUUCAACUGCUGAUGUAGCCACUGAUCGGGGACAAGUAUUUUGGGUGGAUGUUGGAAGUUUCGUUGGGGAUAAUGGGCUGCUUGUUGUUGGAUCGGCAGCUUUC